ACCACACACACACCACAGGCACACAAACACACACCACACACUUAUCCAUACACACCCACACAUCUCUUCUCACCACACACACACACGUCCCAGUUUUGGUCCAGUAGCAGCGUGGCGGGUCAGUGCGCAUGCGCCGCUCCCGGUGUCCGGUGUCAGUCAGCAGCUGUUGAGACCAUGCACGGUAGAACCGGGACAACAGCCCCAGAAUAACCGAGAGGAACCGGGACCCACACGUAGAGCUCUCACUCUCACACCGCGGCAGAGUUGUAUCUGGAGCUAACGGAGCUAGCAGGCUAACAGGCUGACUGACAGCUGCUAUCUAACGGGCUAACGGACAGGCCACGCCGCUCCGCUCUCACCCGCUCUGACCCGGGUUAGUUAGCGGACCCACUGAACCAGCUCCAGCCGGACUGACCCGGGUUUUACCGGCUCUGGCCGAGGUUCCGCUAUCUGAAGCUAACUGUCAGGAAUUCCGAUAGUCCUGCCCGGAUACACCGCUCGAACCCGGCUCGGUGCGGGGACCGGGAGCCACGAUGUUGAUCGCUGCUGUCAGUGGAGCCGGAAACUCUGCCAACACCGGAAAGAAACAGCGACGCAGGGGAAAGAAGCAUCGGAGAGUCCGCACAGAUGAGAACCAAACUGACGAUCUUCAGACUCAGAAUCCUGACGUCAGUCGACUUCCUGCUCAAACACAAACUUCAUCAGUGAAUGAGCUCACUCAAUCAGACGAUGACAUCACCACUGCACCCCCACCCCCCCACACCUCACCCACCCAUCACCCCAACACCUCCCCUCUCCCUCCUCUACAUACAUCUGAGGUCGCUCCAAAGGAACCUCCUGAACCUUUGAUCUCCUUAAAGGCCCCUGGGAUCUUCAACCAACCAGCUCCUGCCACUGCUCAUAGUCCUGUCCACACGCCCAGCCAAUCACAGGCAACUUCCAAUCAAAAUAUGUCCCACAAUUCCUCCAGAUCGCCUCACAGGACUGAGACAGAUCUCUCUGAAACACCACCGCCCUCACUCCACCACAUUACCCACAAUGCAACUCAGUCUCCAUCAGUGUCUUCCAAAGCCACUCCUACUCCACCGUUAAGCCCCUCCCAGCUGGACCCCCUUCUGCAGACCUCAGUGACUUUCACCUCCAGUGUCUCCUCCCACAUUUACUCCCCCCCUUUCCCCUCCUCUACCUCCUUCCUUCAAGCCCUCGACCCUCUGGGCCCUCCCUUUGGCCUGUCUCCUCCGUUGUCAUCAGCACAUCAUCAACUGACCACGCCCCCACCUGCUUUGAGUCCAACUCCGCCCGCGUUAACCCCGCCUCCCACUCAGCUGCUUGGCUCCGAUGACGAGGAACAAGAAGAUCCGUCAGAUUACUGCAAAGGAGGUUAUUACCCGGUGAAGACCGGUGACCUGUUUAACGGAAGAUAUCAUGUGGUCAGAAAACUGGGCUGGGGCCAUUUUUCUACUGUGUGGCUCUGCUGGGAUCUACAGAAGAAGCGUUUUGUGGCUUUGAAGGUCGUUAAAAGUGCUUCACAUUACACUGAGACGGCUCUGGAUGAGAUCAAACUGCUCAGAUGUGUGAGGGACUCUGACCCCUCCGACCCCUACAGACAAACAAUUGUCCAACUGAUCGACGACUUCAAGAUCUCUGGAGUCAAUGGAGUCCACGUCUGUAUGGUUCUGGAGGUUUUGGGUCAUCAGCUAUUGAAGUGGAUCAUCAAGUCAAACUACAUGGGACUUCCUCUGGUCAGUGUCAAGACCAUCCUGAAACAGGUGCUCCAGGGCCUCGACUACCUUCACACCAAGUGCAAGAUCAUCCACACAGACAUCAAACCAGAGAACAUCUUACUGGACGUGGACGAUGUGUACGUCAGGAGAUUGGCCGCAGAAGCCACUGUCUGGCAGAGAGCUGGAGCCCCGCCCCCCUCAGGAUCAUCAGUUAGCACGGCUCCCAGGGAUCGACAGGGUGGCAAGAUGUCUAAGAACAAGAAGAAGAAGUUGAAGAGGAAGGCGAAGCGUCAAGAGAAGUUGUUGGAGGAGAGAUUCAUUGACAUACGGAAGCUGGAGGAGGAGGGUGGAGUUCAUAUACCUGACGACACAGACACUAACUGUCCUCAUGUUAUCAAUGGUAACCACAGCUCCUCCGCAGCAGGUUCGACGUGCUCCUGGUUGGAAGUAGACGAUGGUUGUAAUGGCCACGCCCCUGGGCGUUUCUCCAGCCCUGCCUCCGGCCUAUCAGGUUUCUCCAGUUCUGUCCUGUCAGCGACGUCCGAGUCAGCACUUUCUACUCAGUCAGGAUACUCGAGUGGACGAGAAGUGUUCACUGCAUCAGAUUUUGUCCUCAGUCCUCUGGAUCCUCAAAACGCUGACAAGUUGAAAGUGAAGAUCGCUGAUCUGGGCAAUGCCUGCUGGGUGCAUAAACACUUCACAGAGGACAUUCAGACCCGACAGUACAGAGCUCUGGAGGUUCUGAUAGGAGCAGAGUACGGAACAGCUGCUGAUAUCUGGAGCACCGCCUGCAUGGCGUUUGAGUUGGCAACAGGAGAUUAUCUGUUUGAACCUCAUUCGGGAGAAGAUUACACACGAGAUGAAGAUCAUAUUGCUCACAUCAUAGAGCUGCUUGGACCCAUUCCUAUGCCCUUCGCUUUGUCUGGCAGGUACUCCAGAGAGUACUUCAACAGUAGAGGUGAGCUACGUCACAUCUCCAGUCUGAAGCCAUGGGGUCUGUUCGAGGUUCUCUUGGAGAAGUACGAGUGGCCGUUGGAUCAGGCGGCUCAGUUCAGUGACUUCCUGUCCAUGAUGUUGGAUCUGCAGCCGGAACGCAGAGCGACGGCGGCGCAGUGUCUUCAGCACAAAUGGCUGCAGACAUGAGCGGCGAUCACACAAACACACACACUGAUUUCAUACAGGCUGAAUUCAGAUAUUUAUUUAUGUUGAUCCUGAUCAACUCAGUUUUUUUAGAUGACAUCAGUCUGUUUGCAGAUGAUACACUACUGUAUUUGUACAACCACAGACAUCUGAAAAAUCUCAGAGAUUUUUCUUUAAACAACUAAAUAAUAUUUACCUGAGAAGAAAGUUAUGAAAAUUAUACCUGUGAUUUUAUUUAUAUUUUUACUAUCAUCAAAUGUUUGUCAGAAAUUUCAGCAGCAUCAUUUGGUGCCAUAAGAAGUCAAAAGAAUAACCUCAAUAUUUUAAUUCCGUUAAGGUGUCGUCUCUGAGCUGUGGUUCUAUUUAUGUACAACACUGUUUAGAGUCUGAACGAUUCAGAACCUUCACUCAAAGAUCACUCAUUGAUCUUCAGGACCCCCCCCCCGCCAAUCACACACCAGAACAGCCUGGACUGUGAUUGGCUCUCCACGAACCUCGUGAUGAGAGACAUGGUCCUCACAACUCUGGACUUCACAAAACCUAAAAACACCCCGGCAUCUAGAUUCAGGCGCAGGAGGCUCCUCCCUGCUGACCUUUGACCCCAUAUUUUAAGUCAGAAUAUAUUGAUCUGAUCAAUUCAUUAAAAACUGAGUCAGAGGAAUGGAGAAUUGUUUCUGCUGAUAUCUAAUGAAUUCUUCCGUUUUCUAUUAUUUCUUCUUAUUUCUAAUGAAUCCACUGCUUGGUUGAAUCUCGCUGAUUAUCACAGAUUUCUGUUGAAUUCUGGUUUCUUCAUUUUAAAACUUGUCAUUUGACUGAAUUCUAUUGUUUUUCUGCUGAAUUCUGUCUUCUGCUGAUUUCACCUGAUGACUACUUCUGUAUGAAACCUGUGAGAAUAUAACCGAUUGUUGGUUAUUGAUAAGGAUUUGUGAUCCUCCUCGAUGAGUGUACUGUAGCCCUCUCACCGACUGACCAGUCCUGAUCUCUGUAGCUGAGUUGUCCUCAGAUGACCUCUGACCUCUUCACCUGUUUCUGUUCUGACGAUUAGUGCCUUGGCCCCGCCCCUCCUACCUGUCACAUGACGUGUGUUUGAACAAUGUGUUCUGUGAAAAUAAAGUUUCAUCACA